CCAGCCCCCAGCAGCAGGGCAUCCUCUGCUGCUGGAUUUUUCCAGCUGGAGCAUCUUGCCGGCCCUGCUGGAAUUUAUGGAAGCUGGUUUCUGACGCGGGGCGUUUCUGUUACGACAGAGACCCAUCGACUAAAGGAGGCAGAGCUACAGUCGGAGGAGGAGAAGAGAGGGAGAGAAAGAGGAGGAGAGAAGAAGGACAUCGGGAGAGUGAAGAUUACGGAGGGAGGAAAAGGCAAAGAGAUACUUAAGAGAUGGCUGAGUUAUAAUUAAGAGAGCAGAAGUAAAAAGAAAGGGCGAGAAGGAGAGCUGUGAUGAAGGAGAAGGAGCUCAGAGACUGAGUCAGCCUCGGGACGGCAAGCACCAGGGGACGAGUUCAGGGAACACCCCAGCAUAUGAAGGAGGACCUGCGCUGUCUGCAUCUUCACCAUGAGCACAAGGAAGAGCUGCCUCCUGCCACUGGGGCAAGGAGACCAAGAGGAAAAGCAGAACGAGCGUACUUCUGACACGGAGCCGCAGGAAUGUGAGGUGGAGCUGAUGAACAAAGCUAUUCUGCAACAGAAGAGGCGCCUGAAACAAGCGACCCAGUUUGUGCAUAAGGACUCUGCUGACCUGCUGCCCCUGGACGGCCUGACAAGGCUUGGCACCUCCAAGGAUCUGCAGCCACACAGUGUGGUGCAGCGGCGCCUCUUGGAAGGCAACCUGAACAAGCUGCGGGGCGAGGCCAGGGGCCAGUCUGCACGGGUUCCGUCUCCGCUGGCAAAAGACCGGGAUGAAAGGAUGGAAAGGGGAGAGGACAGGAGAAAAGAGACUUCACCUCUGCUAAUACAGUGCCAGUGCCAAGGUCAAGUAUUGAAAGUGAUUGUUAACACUGGAUGUCUGCCAAAUCUCAUCUCCCGGAGCUGUUCCAAGCAGCUGGGGCUGGAAGAGGCAUCUGCCAUGGACUGUGGAGACCUCUCUCUUCCCAUGCCCAGGGUUGUUGGCCGAGUAGAACACAUGGAGCUGCAACUUGGCCAGGAGACAGUGCUGUGCUCAGCACUGGUUGUAGAUGAUGAAACCCUGGAGUUUUGCCUUGGUCUACAGACUCUGUUGUCUCUCAAGUGUUGCAUCGACUUGGAGGAAGGAAUCCUGAGGUUUAAAGCACUGAGUCAAGAGCUGCCUUUUCUACAUGCCUCUGAAGAGCCUGGUCAGUGACUGGGCACAUUCCCCACGUCUGGGGGUGAGGAGACUUGCUGCCAUGAGAUGAGAGAGAGAUGAGGGUGAGGCUCACAUGCCCCUAACCUUGCUGAGUUCUGGGCUAAGGCAUUCACUGGGGAGUGAGAAAAAGGCCAGUGGUGCUGGAAGCUGUUGUUGCUAGGAGUGCCUCAUCUUGAGAGAUGGUCCUCCUUUCAGUGGAGCCUCUUUCUUGUCCCCAUCUGCUGAGUGGCAUUUUGUUCUUUUCUUUCCUGGCUUUCUUGGAUUUUUUCCUCUGGUCACUCCAAUUUCUGCUUCUGUACUAAAUUCACCCUACCCUUUUAAUGAUUUGUUUACAGUACCCUCUGUUCAUGAGACAAGGAAGUAUCUGCGAGCAGUUUCCUGUCCUUUCUCCAAAAGCCUCCUAGGAUUGCCAUGAAAGUUCUCUUCCCUUUGCUUCAGUAUGGUCAGACUCCACUCCUGGCAGUUUGUGGGCAAGGCUCUGUAGCCU